AUGGGAAUUGCCAGCCGCCUCCUGCCGUGCAGUGUGGACAGAGACCGGGCAGCACCGGGCGGCAUUCUGCAGGAGGAGAGCUGCCGGGAGCCUGUCAUAGGUGGUGCAGGCAGUGGUGGGAAAUCUGUACAUGGCGAUGGGGCGACAGCUAAAGGUGAGGGAGAGUCAGGGGAAGUGACAGCCAAACGGCACAGGAGUGGGGUGUGCAGGGACAGAAGGAUGGACGGGGAUGGGGCUGACAGACAAGGUCCAUGUGAUGAUGGUUGGAGCAGCGGAGGUGGAGGUGAAAACGAUGGAGGUGGUGGGGUGGGACAUGGUGGCGGCGUGCAAGUGGGGGAUGAAGGCGGCGGCUGCGGCAGCGGCUGCGGUGGCGGCGGCAACAGCGAAAGCGCCAUCAGCGAGAGGGGGCGGAAGGCCCUCCGGCAGGUGGUGAAAGCGGUCCGGCGAAUCCUUCCAGGCAGCGGCUGGACGAUGACAGCGACGAACAGGAAGACUGGUGGGCGAGCAGGUGGGCAGACGGACACACAGGCAGUGGCGAGCAACGGGCGGCGGCUCUGGCGGACGAACGACUAG